AUGAGCCCACCUCAGCAAGCUCCAUCGUCCUCGUCUCUCGGUGGCCUCACUGCCAACGCUGUCAGUCUGGUACGAAGCGCCAGAGAGUCCGAGUGGUUGCCUAAUUACGAUGCCCAGAAGAUUCGCUCGGUUGUGAAGGAAAUGGGUGACCUGUUCCAGAGGCUUCUGCUUGCACAACACGUGGCCAGCCGACUGCCUGCCAAUGACGAUGAUGAUUUUGGUGGUAGCAACAAGACGAAUAAGAGAGCAUCCUUGAGCCCUGUCGUCUACUUGGACGCCAUUCUUCGGAAUCGACAAUGCGUUUUGGCCUACCUCCAAUAUCGACUAGAUGUGCUCAUGUGUCUUCGAUGGCAAGCUGGCUCGGCCUAUGUGUUGGCUGACCUCAUAGGGCCUCGACCAGUUACUGAUGGUGGAGAGGAUGGGUCGUCUGGGGUGAAGGCGGCAGGUGAUACCAUCGCCGGUCGACGCCUUUCCCCGGCUGAACGGAAGUUUGUCUAUAAGUACUCAGACCUCUUAGAAGAGUAA